UCGGCGUUAGGAGCAGCAGCAACAUGUCGGCCACGGUACUCUUAGUGGCAACCGUGAUGGGGGUGUGUAUGGGCGACCCUGAUAUUAGUUUCCAGCACAAUGGGCCUUCUUUCAGCGCCCCCAUCCACUCCGCCCCUCCUCCCGUCCACAGGGGCCGCAUCCACCCUACUUUCGGUCCUAUUCACCCCACUCUCGGACCUAUCCAUCCUCACCACGGCCCUAUCCAUCCUAGCCACGGCCCCAUCCAUCCUAGCCACGGCCCUAUCCAUCCUAGCCACGACCCCAUCCAUCCUAGCCACGGCCCUAUCCAUCCUAGCCACGGCCCGAUACACCCAAGCCAUGGCCCUAUCCAUCAGAAUUUGGGUACUUUUCGCCACAGUUCUGAGUCUAUCUACCGUGAACCUGGCCCUCCUCCUCCUUCUCAUCCUAUCCACCGACCCUCUAUCCAUCUGGAGCCUGAACCUUUCCCUGAUUUUGAUCCCACUUACAGCCCUCCUCUCCACAUUGCUCCUGGACCUAUUCACCCAGAUCCUCGCCCUAUCCACCCUACCCUAGGCCCUAUUCACCCUACCCUAGGCCCUAUUCACCCUACCCGAGGCCCUAUUCACCCUACCUUAGGCCCCAUUCACCCUACCCCUGGCCCUGUUCACCCUACCCCUGGUCCUAUACACCCUACUCCUGACCCUAUCUUUCGGGAUGAAGGUUCCAUCCAUCUUACCCCGAUUCCUAUCCACUCCACGCCAGCACCUAUCCAUUCUCCCAUCGUCACUCCGCGUCCUAUCCGUCCCCAUCCUCGUCCUAUCUUCCACCGCCGCCGACGCCCCCGCCCCUUCCACCCUAGCUUCCGGCCCAUCCACUCCACACCUCUCCCUAUCCCUACCACCCCUCGGCCUAUCCCCCCGCCUCCAGCUCCUGUCCACAGACCCAUCGCUCCAGCCUACGACUACGACACUAGUUAUGAGUACGAUGAGGGCCCAAUGCCGUAUGAGUUCGGCUACGACGUGACGGACGACUAUACUGGCGCCAACUACGGCCACCAUGAGUCCAGCGACGGCUACACCACCCACGGCUCCUAUUAUGUGCCCCUCCCUGACGGCCGCCUACAGAAGGUGACUUAUUAUGUGGAAGGUGACUCAGGCUUCGUGGCCGAGAUUACCUACGAGGGAGAGGCUCACUUCCCAGCCUACGUGCCUCCUCCUCCACUUCCACCACCACCACCACCACCACCACAUUUCCGACCUGUUCCCGUCCAUCAACCACCCAUCAAUUUCCAUCCUUCCUUCCUCCAUCAACCAGACCCUUAUUAUCCCUAGCCCUGUGUACUUAACGUGGUCGUAGUGAUCGAAUCUGUGUGUGUGUGUGUGUGUGUGUGAUCUUUGAUUCGAUUACCAACGAAGGUAAGAGUUGUAAUAAUGAUCGUUUAAUUCUCCCAAUAGAUCAGUCACAGUCAUUUUUUGGGGGGAGUUCUUGAGUGUGUGUGUGUGUGUGCAACUCUUGACCGCUUGCUUAUAAAUACUGCCGUUGCUUCUCUCUGUACAAAAAACAAAAAACUAAACAAGAAAAAAAAGAUGCCAUUUGCCAUUAUUGUUUUCUGACAUGUUGUUGUUGUUGUUGUUGAUUGAGGUGAUGCCGUUGUGUUAAUAUUAACUAUUAAAAGAAUGAACUAGA